AUGGUGAGUCGAUUUUUGGUAAAGUCCUUCCGUGGAUUGAAGAAGGCAGAGGUUAACGAGGGCCUUCGUAAAAAGGUUGAGCACAAUGAGAAGCUACGCGUAUCUCAGCUGAAGAAGACCAAGCGUCACUCGGAACUGAAAAAGAAGAGAGUAGCAGGAGCAAAGAAACGCGCACUGAAGUACGCAAAGGAGUAUGUCGACAGGGAGAAGGAAUUGGUGGAGUUGAGGCGCAAGGCAAAGGCAGAGGGCGUUUUUUACAAGGAGCCCGACUCCAAGGUGGCCUUUGUCAUCAGGAUUAAGGGUAUCAACAAGCUCACGCCGAAGCCGAAGUUGACGCUCAGGCUCUUUCGCCUGCUCCAGCUCCACAACGGGGUGUUUGUAAAGCUGAAUAAGGCCACAAUGGAGAUGCUGAAGUUGGUGACCCCGUACGUCACCUACGGGUACCCAUCGCUCUCAAUGGUUCGCAAGCUCCUUUACAAGCGCGGAUACGCCAAGGUUGGGAAGCCAGGUGCAAGGCAGAGGGUCAGGUUGAACAGCGACGACCUGGUCAGCAAGCACCUCGGAAGGUACGGUGUGCACUCCCUCGAGGACCUGGUGCACGAGAUAUACACGUGCGGCCCUCACUUCAAGCAGGUCACGAACUUCCUGUGGCCCUUUAAGCUCAAUCCGCCCAGAAAGGGAUUUGUAGCAAAACGUCAUGGAUUUUCAGAAACUAGAGGAGGUGAUGCCGGAAACCGUGAGGAAUUGAUAAACAAACUCCUUGAAAGAAUGGUCUGA